CCCAAAGCCUGAAGAGAGCCGAAAACAGCUUUAGUGAAAGAUCGCUCGAUCAUUCGUGUGUCGCGUUAGAUGAAUUCAGAAGCAAAGCAAAAAGCCCACUCGUUUUCCGGAUGUCUGAGCAGCGCCAAUCUGAGCCGAAUUCAGGCUCGGGUCUGAGUCGUGCUGCCGCGCCAACCCAAAGCGUAGGAACAGCAGCUGCAGCAGCUGGGACGCCGUGGUUUCUGCUGUUCAUUGUUGCGAUUGCGGCACUUGCGGCUGGCGUCGUGCUGCACGCCGUGCUGGUCAUCUACACUGGGCUGAUCAUUGUGCCGCAGCAAGCAUUCUCGACAACAACCAGCCUCGGCGGUAGCGGCAGUUCAUGCGACGCAGUCAAUCCUCGCGUCGCCAUGCAGCAGCACAGUGCUCCUGAUUACAGCAUUGACUGGCUCGAGUCGCUGGAGGCCCGCAUGAGAAAUGCCCAGGCUGCGGAAACGCAAUUGCCAGCGGGAGGUCUGAUGACGAUGGCAUGGACAACUCCGAUUUACAGGGUCAAUCUUGCUGGUUUCAAGGUCGACGUGCCGAAAUUCAACUCGCGAUUGGCAGCAUCCAUCAUCACGCAGUUCCAAAACCUGGUCAAGGAAAACCCGGACAAGCUGGUCUCGUCGGGAGCGGAUGACCACGGCGCCAACCAGGCCUUCUACGACUGGCAGCGCAAGGGCAGCUGGAACGUCCUGCAAGGCUCGCGGGAAGGCCAAGCUCUGCGGCAGUUCAUCAUGACUGGUGUUGGCACCUACUUUCAGAUGUUGGGAGAAUCACAGGACUUUGUCAACACGGUAUCUGGGGAGAUGACGGUUUGGGCAACCUUGCACCACAGUGGCAUCUUUCACAUGCCCCACUCGCAUCCACACGAGCUGCUUUCUGGUGUCUUUUACGUAAAGAUGCCCGGAAACGCGGGCAAGAUUAUCUUUUCCGAUCCUCGAGGGCCGCUCACUCCGUUUGACAACACCAUCGCCAUCGAGCCACGAGAGGGAGACUUGAUCCUCUUCCCGAGUUGGCUGACGCACAUGGUCGCGCCGACUUCUGGUUCCGAUGAGCGCAUCAGCAUUGCAUUCAAUAUUCCCGGCGAUUGGACAAUGACGGCGAACGUGCGCACAGACGUGCCCGUUGGCUUUGAAUGAGCGGUGCGCAUGAUUCUUUUUAUUGUUGGUGUUGUGUGUGCUUGAAAUUUACACACGUCCGAUUUCAA